AUGCUGCGCUUUUUAUGUCGUGUUUUAUUGGCAAGAAAUAGUUCUCUGAGGACUCUUUCGACCGCAACAGACAUUGAGGACGAUGAUUCGAAACCUUGGAUUAAUCCAUGGAAGCACGCAGUACCAAAAACAACGUCAACGUUCACCUCAGUAGAGGAGUGUGAUAUUGACUGGUCGUUUGUCGAGCGAUUGAUGCCUCAUGACGUCGUUCCACCUCUGCCUGUCCAUGAAUCUUAUCCGACACCAAGUGGUUGGCAACCACCUAAAGGCACGUCCUUUCUGCCUCUAUUGUUAAAAACGUCAAUAAGAUAUCCACCGCCAAAUCUUCCAUAUUAUGUUCGCAGAAAGCGCGAUCAUACGUUGCCUUUGUAUUUAAAUCUGAAAAAGGACCAGUUAAAUGAGAAGACUCUUGAUAUCGAUCACGUUGAGUUGGUAACUAUGAAAGGCAUCGAUGGUGAUGUUUUUGCCUGUGAAGCUGAUCUUCGACAAUUCCUCGAGUGUGAACUUAACAGGCCUGUUGCGACCCAUAUUGAUGAACUGAAGGGGAGAAUUGUUAUCAAGGGUGCUGAUCGGUCUUUAGUUGAGAAGUUCUUGUUCUCCAAAGGAUUUUAA